UUGAGAACUCGCUGUCGAGGUGUGCGGUUUACGGUAAAAAGAGACCGCUUCCAGUGCGUGACAAUAAGAAGAAACAACCACUCGCCAAUUGGAUUAAAUUGUGAGCAAGGGAGGGUCAAGUUCUGUUAUACCCAUAAUGACCACCAAUAAGGACCCCCAAGAUAAGGGUGCUGAAAAAGCAGAACCGUCCAAAAAUGGCGGUUCCGGUGGUGUGGGCAUCAUGAAGCGUCUGAGAAGAUCAGCUUCGGCCACAGAACACAAUUUAAGCAGCCUGCGUAACCGCAAGUCAACCCAAAAUCUGUUCGAUCAGCAUGGCAAUCCCAUUGAUCUUCGACAGUAUCGGAAAGUUUUGGACAAGGAUGAAAAUGGCAAUGGCACGAAUGGAUCUGAAAAGAAGCUGAGAUAUAGAAGAACCCAAAGUGUAACUCGCGCUGAGGAAAUUUCCAACAAAGAGGAGAAACAGAGGAGGGCUCAACCCGGCAGACCAAUCCAUCGACCACGAGAUUCUCUAUUUUCUUGGAGUUCGGGAUUUACUAACUUUACAGGUCUGGUAAACUGGGGAUUUCUACUCCUUUGCAUUGGAGGUCUUCGUUUAGGUUUGGAGAAUCUGCUAAAAUAUGGAAUUCGCAUCAAUCCCCUAGACUGGUUCUUUUUUAUUAGUGGUCACAAUGAAGGAGAAGGUCACAAUGCCCUAAUUCUGAGUAUUUACUCUUUGGUUCACAUUUCCCUGUGUUUGGCUGUGGAAAAGGGCCUUGCCAUGGAAAUCAUUGCAGAGAGCUUAGGCAUCUUCAUCCAGAUAGUGAAUAUUGUUGUACUGGUUUGCCUGCCAGUGGUAACCAUUCACCUCAAAGGGCACGCUUUCAGUUUAAUGGGCGCCUCAACCGUGUGCUUCUUUUAUUCUGUGUUAUUCCUGAAACUCUGGUCCUAUGUGCAGACGAAUAUGUGGUGCCGUCAGACUUACUACCAAAAGAAUCCCCGAGAGCGCCGACCCAGCAUAACGUUAGCAGAAUUGAAAAAUGGGGUUCUAGAUGGCGGCGAUGAAGACGAGGCUAUUUCCAAGUUGGUGCAAUAUCCAGAUAAUCUUACUUAUAGGGAUCUCCUAUACUUCUUGUGCGCUCCAACUCUCUGUUAUGAGUUAAAUUUCCCACGAACUUCGCGCGUGCGCAAACGCUUUUUACUAAAGCGUUUGUUGGAGGUUGUGAUUGGAGUGAAUGUGGUGAUGGCUUUGUUUCAGCAAUGGAUUAUUCCCUCGGUUCGAAACUCUCUAAUUCCGUUCUCCAACAUGGACGUAGCCUUGGCUACUGAGCGCCUCCUCAAACUGGCGUUACCUAAUCACUUGUGCUGGCUGUGCUUUUUUUACCUGAUGUUCCACUCUUUCCUAAAUGCGGUCGGUGAACUCCUUAACUUUGCGGAUCGCAACUUUUACUGUGAUUGGUGGAAUGCAAAUAAUAUUGAUACUUUCUGGAGGACCUGGAACAUGCCAGUUCACAGAUGGUGUGUGCGUCAUCUCUACAUCCCAGUGGUCCAAAUGGGCUACUCCUCACGGCAAGCAUCUACCAUUGUCUUUCUGUUCAGUGCCUUCUUCCAUGAAUAUUUGGUUUCUGUUCCUCUGCAAACCUACAAGAUCUGGGCCUUUAUGGGUAUGAUGGGCCAGAUUCCCCUCUCGGCUAUUUCGAAAUCCAUUGAGAAAAAGAUGGGUCCCCGAAUGGGCAACAUAAUCGUAUGGGCAUCCAUAAUUCUUGGUCAACCUCUGUGCAUUAUGGCAUACUACCACGACUAUGUGGUCCAGCAUUUUAAGAACUCACUCAACGGCACCGACUAUGGCAGUUAGAUUUCAGAAACCACUCAUAGGGGAUGGUAUACCACUGGAAUAUCUGCACUGGUCGGGUUCGUGUACUUUUUGUAAUUUAUAAGCCAGAAUGCAAGUUAAGAAGUAAACUUGUGAUUGCCACUAUACAAAGCUUAUUUUGUAUGACUUGCACAUGCAUAUAGUACUGAUGAACACAAAUAGAUUGUUAUUGAAUGCAUUUGUUACUGAAUUUAAGUGUCAUGUAAAUAAAACGAAUUUAAAAAUUA